AGCACUGCCGGCCCCGCACCCAGCCCAGUGCCGGGGAGAGGAGAUGGGUGCAGGACGGGGCGUCCCCAUGGCCCAGCUGGCCCUUCUCACCCUGCUGGCACUGCCGGGCGCCGGGGCGGUGACAGCGGAGAACAUGCUCUCCCAGGUGGCCUUCUACCAGCGCACGGACCCGGCCCAGCGGGAGGCCGGGGAGUUCAUGUUCGAGUUCGACCAUGACGAGAUCUUCCAUGUGGACCUGGAGAGGAAGGAGACCGUCUGGCGCCUGCCCGACUUCGGCAAGUUCACCAGCUUCGAGGCGCAGGGCGCCCUGGGCAACAUGGCCGUGCUGAAGAAGAACAUGGAGAUCAUGAUCCAGAGGUCCAAUCGCACGCGGGCCCAGACCGUGCCCCCUGAGGUGACCGUGUUCCCCGAAGAACCCGUUGAGCUGGGGGAGCCCAACGUCCUGAUCUGCUUUGUGGACAAGUUCUCCCCACCGGUGCUCAGCGUGACGUGGCUGAAGAACGGGCAGGAGGUGACAGGGGGAGUCUCCGAGACCGACUUCUACCCCCGCCAGGACAACUCUUUCCGCAAGUUCUCCUACCUGGCCUUCCUCCCUAGCCAAGGCGACUUCUACGACUGCCGGGUGGAGCACUGGGGGCUGCCUGAGCCCUUCACAAAGCACUGGGAUAAACGCAGGGAGGAGCCGGGGCCCCGAAUCCCCCUGGUGCCUGCGUGGGACCCACUCGCACCACCACCCACUGUCCCCACUCCGCGCCCAUUGGUGCCAGCUGCUGUACCCAGACCCCUGGCCCCGUUAUUGCGCUGAGCCAACAUGCUAGAGACUCGCCAUCGAGCCGGCCCCUUGGGCUCCCCCCCUUCUCCGCACUCCUGUGCUGGGCUUGCGGGGAGCACCUAUCUCCGGAGAGGGCUGCUGCCCAUGGGGCUGGGAAUGGGGGUCGCCCCUUGUCAGGGAGCAGCAGGGGAGAGGGCUGCUGCCCCAUGGGGCUGGGAAUGGGGGUCGCCCCUCAUCGGGGGCAGCAGGGCCCACGGGGCUGAUCCAAACCCCAUUGCCGUCACGGGGAAGGUUUCUCUUGAAUCCAAUGGGUGCUGGAUUGGGCCCCGAGUCCGGCCCCUAUUGGCCAGAGGCUGCUGUCAGUCACCCCAGGUACAGCCCCUCCACCCACUACCCAGAAGGCUUUGGGCCAGAUUGGGCCAUUCCCGGUCAAUAGGGUCCCUGUGGGGCAGGAUUGGGCCCAUGGCUGGGGGUAGUCCCAGUGCCCGGCUAACGGCCCCAUCGCACCCGUGUGCGGCUCCCCCGGGGUCCAGCCCUGCCGAGCCCAGCGCCCAGCGCGGGGUCUGUGUGGGAAGGGCCCAGUCCCUGUACAGCCCCCGCCCUGUACCCCUCCAUCGCUCUGCAGCUUUGCUAACAGCAAUAAAGUGGGUUUGGGACGUU